AUGGCAGUUGUGGGAAUGCGGGUGCUAGUGGCGGUGGCGGUAGUGGUGGCGGUGGUGGGGGGGGCGGUGGGGGGGGUGGGGGCGGCAGCGGAGUUUCCGGUGGUGGUGGCAGAGGCGGAGGCGGUGGCGGUGGCGGUGGCGGUAGUGGUGGCGGUGGUGGUGGCGGUGGUGGCGGUGGAGGAAUUUGCGGUGGUGGUGGCGGAGGCAGAGGCGGUGGCGGUAGUGGUGGCGGUGGUGGUGGCGAUAGAGGAAUUUGCGGUGGUGGUGGCGGAGGCGGCGGUGGUGGUAGAGGGGGCGGUGGGGGCGGUGGGGGCGGUGGGGGCGGUGGGGGCGGCGGUGGAGGCGACGAAGGUGGUGGUGGCGGUGGAUGCCCAGUUGGAUAGAGCGGUGGCGUGUUGCUGGGGAAGAAAGGUGGCUGCGGCAUCCCAGGGGGGAUUACGAACGGGUACUUGCCGUCCGAUCCAGGGGCGGCUGGGGGAGGCGGCACAGGCUGGGAAGCCAGUAUGGGCUGACCCGGACCAUUAUCGCCUGUGA